GAAAAAAUAAAUAAAUAGUAAUAGAUCAUGAUGUAAAUGAAGAGGUGUGAAUAGACGAAUCUCAAUAACAUAAGGGCAAAUGUGCAAUUAGAUCCUAAAACCCUAUUUGCUUAACUGAAACGCAAGUUCAAAAGGCGCCCCCGAACCCGUUAAGCAGGACCAGUUCAAAACCGGUGAGUUGUUCUUCUUCUCCUUCCGACAUAUCAAAGAUCUUUCUACCUUGCUACCUUGCUUUCCUCGGAUCUGAUAAGAGGUAAUUGAAUAAUUGUGAUUGAGGUAUUAAUUGUGAUGGAUGCUGUUGAGAAUUUUUCCUCUUUUUAUGUAUUCCCUUCAGGUGUCAGUAUUAUUUUGUUUUGCAGGUUAUUCUUACACCUGGUUAGAGAUGAAGCUGACCCUCGAAUUUGGGUAAUGAUAUUGACACUCCCUUAAUUUCCUGCAAGUUAUGUUUGUUGUUUUCUUAUUUAAAAUGUUGGGUUUUGUUCUAAUGUUCCAUUGAGCUGAAUAUAUGUGCUCCCGUGUUCUUUAUUUCUUAAUAGUUCUUUUCCAAUUGACACUUACUCGCGAAUGAGUGUUUGAGUUCUUUUGGUGUAGAAUUUUGGGUUAGAUGGUCGAUUGAAGUUUGGAGCAGUCAUAAUGCUUCAAUUUGGCUUGAUUGAUUGAUUGAGCUUCUUUUAGGUUAUUAGUUAGUACCAUGUACCAGUUUCUGGCUACCAUGUAAUUAUUUGUGCACUACGUUCUUUAAUGCGCCAAACACUGAUUUCGGGCUUUAGCCGUUUCCUGAGGUUGGGAGUGUGUCAAGGUUGAUUCAGUGCUCUCUUAUAAUGGUGUACUAAGUCUAAGGCAUUUUCUCUAACCAAGCUUCAGAUGUAUGCACCUCUAUCUCUAUGUGAACAUAUGAUGUUUCACUGCUUUCCGGUUCCGCUUUGCAAGGAAUUUCUAAUCACUGUGCGACGCACCAAAGUAUAGACGAAAGAGAUGACUUCAUUUAGAUUAGUUGGGGUGAUAAGUAUUGUCACUUUGAUAAGGAGCUUCAAAAUGCUUAUGUUUUUUUGUUUAUUUCUCAGAGGUGGGCUGGAACUUCUUUGUGAUUCUGUGAAAAUCCACAAUGUGGAUCUCGAACCAGAAAAUGGAGAGAAGCAAUUAACAAUGAAACACUUGCUCUCUUGGGUGCGCACCAAUUUGAUCAAGGAGAGGCCUGAAAUGUUCAUGAAGGGAGAUUCUGUGAGACCUGGGGUUCUUGUCCUUGUUAAUGAUUGUGAUUGGGAGCUAAGUGGUCAACUGGAUACAACUCUGGAGGAUAAAGAUGUGGUGGUUUUCAUUUCAACUUUGCAUGGUGGAUAGUGAUGCCAUACCGCCAAGCAGGUUGUGUCCUUGUGAUUUGUGAAAGUAAGACUUGGUUGAAAUCACCCUUGCGAGCAGAUAAGCAUAAAGGACGACUAAUUCAAACAGAUUAGUUAGGAGAUCUGAGAUUGUGGUUCAUGAAACCAUGGGGAGCAUGUUAGUAGAGCGGGAACAUCUAAAAGUGUAUUAUAAUACUGCUGUUGCAUGUGUGGAAGCAUUGUGUUAGUGGUUUUCAUUUGUGAACAAUGUGGUUUAUCAACUGCGAGAAGAGAAGAUGAUUAUUAUCAGGCUGCAUGAAUUUUGUUGUUGGACUGCAGAAAUUUCUUUCAUCCGUGAAAGAAAGCAAGCAAAUUUUGAAUCAUGUCCCUCCUCCCAAAAGGUAUAAACAAUUCAUCUAACUCAUAAUGCAGCGGCAAACCACAUUUCCCUUACAUAAGUACCUCCUUAAGAGCAAGAAGCGUCUCCGCCAUCAAUUCUGCUUUGCAGCAGGAAUCUCUUCCUGGUGCUCCUUUUCCUACUCGGAAGAACUUGCGUUCUAAAUCGCUAAGCAACAAUCUGCUGCAGCUCCAAACAUUCCUUACGGGCACACUGGCAAUCAUUUGAGAAAUGAGAAUAAAGGGAAGUGAUGUUGGGACAAAUCUUGAUCCCUGAAUGAUUAAUGGCUACUCUAAGUCCUACUCCUCCGAAAAUAAAAUUGAAAGUCGGAACUUGGAAGUGCCCUUUCAACAGUAGGGAACAAUCACAUUUCACAUAUAGUUUGCUAGCUGACAUGGA